GUGACGAAGCAGACGGUGACGAGCGGCCGGACGGCGGACGCCAGCCACCGUCGUCGCAAGCAGGACGCCAACUUUUUGUGCCCCGUACCCGGGUGCGGGAGCACGUUUACGAGGAGCUUCAACCUCAAGGGCCAUAUGAGGAGCCACAACGAGGAGCGGCCGUUCCAGUGCAAGUGGCCGGGGUGCGGCAAGGGCUUUGCGAGGCAGCACGAUUGCAAGCGGCACGAGCAGCUCCACAGCAACUAUAGGCCGUUUACGUGUGAGGGCUGCUCAAAGACGUUUGCGCGGAUGGAUGCGCUCAACAGGCAUCGUGAG